AUGAGCUUCAAGGCGUCCUUCCUUGCCUCCCUCCUCAUGGCGGGGAGUGCCAUCGCUGCCACAUCAAAGGCUUCAUCCACGACGGUCGAGCCCAUUGUCAUGAAGGGCACAAAGUUCUUCUACAAGAAUGGCACCCAGUUUUUCAUCAAGGGCGUUGCCUACCAACAAGACACUGGCGCUGCCGGCACCACCACUGGCAGUACCUACAUCGACCCCUUGUCUGACGAGACACUCUGCAAGCGCGACGUUCCUUUGUUACAGAAGCUCAACACCAAUGUCAUCCGCACAUAUGCCAUCGACCCCACGGCCGAUCACUCGGCAUGCAUGACUCUGCUGCAGGAGGCUGGCAUUUAUGUCAUCUCCGAUCUCAGCGAGCCUAAUUUGUCCAUCAACCGCGAGUCCCCGACCUGGAAUACGGCGUUGUUCACGCGCUACAAGGCCGUCGUCGACGAGAUGGGAAAAUAUGACAAUGUCAUCGGCUUCUUUGCGGGCAACGAAGUCACCAACAACAAUACCAACACUGAUGCUUCCGCCUAUGUGAAGGCUGCCGUACGCGACGUCAAGUCCUACAUCAACUCUACCGCCAGCCGCUGGAUGGGUGUCGGCUAUGCUGCCAACGACGAUGACGAUAUCCGCGACAACAUGGCUCACUACUUCAACUGCGGUGACCAGGACCACGCCAUUGACUUCUGGGGCUAUAACAUAUACGAAUGGUGCGGCGACAACACCUUCACGGGCUCCGGCUACUCCGAUGUCGUUGACUUCUUCAAGAAUUACUCUGUGCCCGUAUUCUUCGCCGAGUAUGGUUGUAACAAGCCCAAAGGCGCUGCCGGCCGUAUCUGGCAGGAGACUACUGCACUGUACUCGAGUGAGAUGACUGACGUCAUUGCCGGCGGUAUCGUCUACAUGUAUUUCCAGGAGGACAAUGACUAUGGUCUUGUCAGCAUUGCUAACGGCAAAGCUUCGACCAUGGCCGACUAUGAUACAUUGUCCACCGUUAUUGCCAAGGUCAGCCCCAGUUCGACAGCCAUGAGCGCGUACACCCCGACCAACAGCCCUGCUGCCUGCCCAGCUAUCGGCUCCAACUGGGCUGCCUCGGACAUCCUGCCGCCCACCCCUAACAAUGCUACUUGCGAGUGCAUGUACAAGUCUUUGACCUGUGUGCCUUCUGCUAGCCUCAACUCGAGUUCUUACGGCGCCCUCUUCGGAAGCAUUUGCGGUGCAGAUUCUAGCGCCUGCGCCGGAAUCACUGCAAACACCAGCACUGGUGUAUACGGUGCCUAUAUCAUGUGCGACGCUGGUGAGCAGCUCGCGUACGCUCUGGACACCUACUACCGGAACCAGAACUCGGCUUCGUCAGCGUGCGACUGGAAUGGCCAGGCUCAGGUGGUGAAGGCCCCAGCCGCCGCGUCUUCGUGCUCGGCUCUUCUAUCGUCUGCCAGCGCUUCCAACAGCUUUGCCGCCACUGCCACUGCUGGCUCUUCAUCGACCUCGGGCGGCUCUUCGAGUACGAGCAAGAAUGCCGCUCCUACCGCCAUGCGCAAUAUGCUAACUCUGGGUGAUUUGUCUGUUGGUCUCUACGUGCUGGUUGCCAUGGCUACUGGUGCCGGCAUGGUUCUGUUGUAA